CAGUGAGGCUUCGCGGCUGCGAUAACAGCUCGCAUGGGCUCAGCGCAGCUCGGCCGAGGAUAUCAGUCACCAUGAAUAGCAGCAUGUCGAUUGGCCGCUCAUGCGAGACGAUCGGACAUACCCUGUUGAUACUUGUACAACAGUUGGACGUCGACAAUGGACUACGAGAUUCAUAAACUUGUCGCCGUCGAAGUCCAAGCUGCGGUGGCGUUGAUCAGUGAUCUUAUCAUACCUACCGACUCAACGAGCAGAACAGAGACACCAUGUCGCCGGCGGCCCUCACUCCUGAGCCGUCAUUUCAGGUUCUACCCAUCGUCAAACGCAAGGACCAGAAGUUCAACUUCGGCGCUGCUGUGGAGGGACUAGAUCUAAACCAUAUUUCCGAUGACGAUGUCAGGCGGUUAAAGGAGACAAUAUGGACGCACAAGGUCAUUAUCGUCCAGGGCCAGAAGGACCUUACCCCCGAGAAACAUUGGGAGCUUGUCACGCGCUUCGACCCGGACGCUUCUCAGGUACAUAGCCACGGCAACCUGGAGACGUUUCAAAAGAAAGGCGGCAUGCUGUCCAAAGCCCGUGAUGUCUAUGGUAUUCCCGGAGCAGAGAACGUGCGCCUCGUUGGUAAAGGGUAUCAAGGCGAGGAUCAUUUUGGACUUAAAAACCUCAACGUCAAAGGGCUGUCGAACGAUUUCCACGCCGAUCCGCCCGACGAGAAGGAUUUCCAGGAAGGAUUUACGCGCUUUCAGAGAUGGCACAUCGACGCGCCGCUGUACGCUCGCGAUCCAGCGUGGUUUACCACACUCCGAGCAGUCAAACUCCCCUCGGGACCGGAUGUGACCAUCCGAUGGGACGACGGGUCUGGACUGAGUAUGAAAUCACGGCCUGGCCUGACCGCAUUCUUCAGCACGUCCCAGCUUUACGACAUGCUCAGCGAAGACGAAAAGCGGCUUGCCGACCAUAGCUGGGUCGAGUACGCCCCGUACCCCUACAUGUGGAUUGAGAACUGCAAAGCGCCCUCGACGGGACUGGGGCUGAAGUCCGAGGGCAAGGAACACACCAUUGAGGAACUCGGCGGAUACGACGAGAAAGACGUCAAGAAAUAUCCCUUCGUCUGGAUCAACCCCGUGACCGGUGAGAAAGCAUUCCAGGUCCACGGCCUGGCUGCGCGAAAGCUCUUCCUCCGGUCGUCGGUCGACGAGCAGCCCAAGGUCAUCGACAAGGUCGAGGACAUCCGCGCCUUCCUGCACGACAUCCAAUCCCGUGUCCUCCGGCCCGAGUACAUCUGGCUGCCCGAGGUCCAGGAGGGUGACAUCGUCAUGUGGGAUAACUACGGCAUGUUUCACACCGCGGUGGACUAUCCUCUCAAAUACGGACCCAGGUCCAUGCACCAGGCUAACAUUGGGGCGAGCAAGGGGCCCGUCGGGCCUGUGCCUAUCCCGUCUGUCUGCUGAAGGGGCUCGAGAUAGAAGGUAUUUAUUUCUUCGAGAGAAAAAAAGGCAAUGGCCGGGGACGUGAUGUGGAUGAUCUAUGACGAAGUUGAUAGGUUGACAGUAAAGGGCAGUGAUUUCAACCUCUGCUGAU